UCUUUGUCAGGUCGCUUGGUGAGGAGCAGAGCAUCUUCCUCCUCCUCAUUCACUCUCUCUCUCUCUCCUCAUUGCCAUAACAACGGAUGCAGCGCAUCGGACUGAUCAACGUUCAUCAGCCGCGUGGGGCGGAAUAAACCCGCACCGGUGCCGUUAAGACUCCGCAAAGGUGACACGCACGCACGCGCCUCUCCGAACUAUUUACGUCUAACCGUUUAAGCCGCUUGAGGGAGAUCCUCACCGGGGUUAUUCGGUAACGGUACACCCGGGGAAGGCGAAGGAAGAAGGAGAAGCCGAGAGCAGGAAGUGCAGCGUGGGAAAGCGGGGAAAAUCUCCGGGGAUCUCCAGCGCUCAUUUCUCCAUCUACGGUCCUCCACGUUAGUUUUUUUCCGCCAUGGCUCGAGAGAACGGCGAGGCCAGCGGGGAUUGCUCGUGGAAGAAGCAGGUCGAUGAUAUCAAGGAGAUGUUUGAAUUCAAAGAGGUUCUUGGGACGGGUGCGUUCUCAGAGGUGGUCCUGGCAGAGGAGAGGUCCACGGGAAAGAUGUUUGCUGUGAAGUGCAUCCCUAAAAAAGCGCUGAAGGGGAAGGAGACCAGCAUCGAGAAUGAGAUUGCCGUUCUACGCAAAAUUAAACAUGAGAACAUAGUGGCGUUGGAGGACAUCUAUGAAAGCUCCAAUCACCUCUACCUAAUAAUGCAGCUUGUGUCUGGUGGCGAGUUGUUCGACCGGAUCGUGGAGAAAGGUUUCUACACGGAGAAAGAUGCCAGUACGCUUAUCAGACAAGUACUAGAUGCUGUAAACUACCUCCACAGUAUGGGAAUCGUACACAGAGAUCUAAAGCCAGAGAAUCUGCUAUAUUUCAACCCUCAAGAUGGCUCAAAGAUCAUGAUUAGUGAUUUCGGUUUGUCUAAGAUGGAGGGGACAGGUGAUGUCAUGUCCACAGCCUGCGGAACGCCGGGAUACGUGGCUCCAGAGGUUCUCGCUCAGAAGCCAUACAGUAAAGCUGUGGACUGCUGGUCUAUCGGGGUCAUUGCCUACAUCCUAUUGUGUGGUUACCCUCCGUUUUAUGAUGAGAAUGACUCCAAACUCUUUGAGCAGAUCCUGAAAGCAGACUAUGAGUUCGAUGCGCCGUACUGGGAUGAUAUAUCUGAUUCAGCGAAAGACUUCAUCAGCUGUUUGAUGGAAAAGGACCCAACCAAGCGAUACACAUGUGAACAGUCCCUUCGACAUCCCUGGAUCGCAGGAGACACUGCUCUCUGCAAGAACAUCCAUGAGUCUGUCAGUCGACAGAUGCGCAAAAACUUUGCAAAAAGCAAAUGGAGACAAGCCUUCAACGCCACCGCCGUGGUUCGCCACAUGAGGAGACUGCAGUUGGGCAGCAGCAUGGGGAGCAGCAUGGACCAAUCAAACAACGCCAACCAGAACCGCAUACUGAACGCCAACCAGAAUCCAAACCUACCACCGAACACCACACCAAACUCCACUGCUGCACUUACCCAAAAUCACAAAGCUGCUCCCAACGCAAACGCCGUUCUCAUUAAUGAUGUGGCCACAGCAACCACCUCUAUGACACGCAAAGACUGUACUGCCUCUCCCCACACUUCCUGUUCCCUGGCAUCAGCUGCUUCCUCCUCUGCCUCAGGGGCGGAGCCCUGCAGGCCACUCCCUCCCUCAGUUGCGUCGGUGAGCACAGUGCUAACUGGGACCAAGUGACGCCAGGUUCUGCGGGGAGAGAGCUGGGAGGCCACUGCCCUGUGAGCCCCGCCCCUCAGCCCGCUCCCUGCCCUGCCGCCCAAUAAGGCAGAGGACUGACCCAUCACCAUAGCAACCACCGUGAGGCUCAAAACACUGCGUGCACCUAACGCACUCCUGCCAUUUAACCUCCAGGCCACUAGAGGGUGCAAUGCAUGCAGCGGCAGGAGUCAGAGAUUUCCAGCAGAAGGCUUCCAUUUUGAGAAGUGAAUUUGUGUGGCUGGAUAGAACUGUGAUGUCUUUGCUAUGAAUGUGCUACGAACCUCUCCAGCCAUGAAAAAAAAAAAAAAAAAAACGAACGAAGAGCGCAGAGGUUUAGGUGCGAAAGCGUGUGCAUGAUCAUGUCCGCACUUAUUGGAGGACAGCGCCAAUGUCAAAUGAUUCUUCUUACUAUAUUGUAACAUGUCUAGCUCUUCCCUCUUACCCUCUUUUCCCUCUUUACUUUCUCUAUCUACUCACGAUUUAUUGUAUUUCUCUUUAGCUACCAUUUUGAUCUUUUGGGGCUUUCCAAUGAUGUGUCACGCUGACCUGCAGAAGUGCUUUUAAUAAUCACGUUAGACUGUUUUGCGACAUUUUUGGAGUCGAGACUUCUGUUUGCACAUUAAUAUGAGAGAACAGGUAGCGCAAUUGCUAGCGUUUUACGAGGUGGGAGAUUAUUGAUUUGUGACCUUGCCAUCGGGUUUUAGCAUGGGGAAGUUCAAGAUAUCUGUUAAAACAUGCAAUAUGUUUGAUUGUUAUCUUACCUUACUGGAUUUUUUUUUAAGCAGAGAGAAAAACUGCUUGAUCCUGUUACUCUCUGCUUCAAACUUUACUUUAAAUAAACACAGGCAGUCAGUGUUAGUUAUUGAAUAUAGUAUAACUGUUAAUACGCAACACAAAUCUCCCGAAAAAGCCAUGGCAGCAUCUUUCUAUGCCCAGUGUACGAGUUCUCAGGGAAUUCCGCAGCUGCACUGGGCAACAUACUGAUGGUAUCUUUAGUAACGUCUCCAUGGUUUGAGAUUGUCUCAUCCAGCUGGAAUAAAGUCAAAAAUAUCGAUUAGGAUGAUAGACAGUUGUUUAUCUCUCACAACGAUUGUAUUACAAUUUGAUCAUGCGGGAAAACUGAUAUGUUAUGCUACGUUCACGCCGUUUCGGAAUUAGCCUACCGUGAUUACAAACUCCUGAUAGAGAGCAAAAGUCGGGUUCUGGAAGUAAGUCCCAUCAGUUUUCUCAAUUGGAGAUUUGUUUUUUAACCAUAACUUAUAAGCCUUUAAUCACCUACUGUGAGCUACGAGAUUGUUUAUCAGUGGUAUAUGUUUUUUUUUUUUUUUUUUACAUUUAUCGAUUGCAUUAUUUCAGCGUUUUUUAAUAAUAAUAAUGUUCAACAGUGGGAGUCCUAGUGAAAAACUACAUUGCCCAUGAUUCAGAAAAAAAAAAACCCUACACUCCCAUGAACCACUAAUGCUAAUGACUGAUGUAAUCUCCCUACACUUUUAAACUACUUAAAUAUUUUUUUUGUGUGUGUGUAUAUAUAUAUAUAUAUAUAUAUAUAUAUAAGUGCUGGUCAAAUUAAUGCAUUAUCACAUUAACACAUUAAUUGAUAAAUGCAGACAAUUAUUUUAUCAUGCGUUGACGCAGUUUUUUAUUACGAAAAUCCGUUGCACGCUGACUCUGAAUACACAUACAGACAAAUCAUGGGUCACAGGUGGGGAUGAUCCCGAUCAAAUUAUUUAGGCUAAGCAUCAACAUUCACAAACCACUGUCCACUGUUAUUUUUAACAGAAAAGAAUGCAACGAGCUUGUAUUAUUCUGAAUCAUAUGGGACGUGGUAACACGAGUCACAAUAUAUUGCUUUACAGAUCUAUCGCUUUUGCCGCUCAGAAAUAUUCACACAGUCAUGCAGCAAGUAGGCCUAAGAGAAGAUCUGCACUCUGGUGUGGUUAGUGUUUACACUCACUGAUCUAUAUAUAACUGAACCACGCUCUUGCCCACCUCUUCCAACCGAGCCAGGGAUUGCUAAACAUGGCCAUCACACUAGUCAAAUGAACCAGGCUUUGGGGUCAAACGCACUCCGGCACAGUUAAGAUUGCCUGGUGUGAGCACCCCCCUAUUAUUCUCCCACACACGAGUCUCUAUCUGCCCAUCAAAUGUUGGUCCCGUGAUAAUGCAGGUCUCUAAUAGGAAGGUGCCUGUUAUAAUGUUAUGAUCGAGGCUCUGGACUCUGUGCAUAACUUGUUUUUCUUUAACAAACUAUAAAAUAUUUCUAUAAAAAUGUCAAUGUCCUGGCAGUGACAGAUAGCUUGUUUUAUAUUUAAUUUAAAGUUGAUAUUUAGGCUACAAUAAAUAUUUUAACUGCUACUAUGUAAAAGGAACACUGCUGUAAAAAGCAUCUUAUUUGUUUAAAGUGUUUGCAAACCAAAUUUUAUUACACUUUUGUUCAUAUAGCAGUACUUUUAAAUGAAAAAAAGUGCACAAUACACUACUUUUGAAUGCAUUAUUAGUUUUGUGCAUAAUGUGAUUAAUCCCAGACAAUAAUGCAAUUAAUCGAGAUUUUUUUAAAAAUGUAAUCGUUGCCCAGCACUAAUAUUUAUAUUAGCAUAUAUUAUUGUGUAUAUUUUGCAAUACACAAUCACACACAUCUUUAAAUAAAUAUUUGUAUAUUUAUUUGAUGUUUUUAAUUUGUUGUUUGUAGUGCUUCAUGGGAUAGUAGUUCUUUCCCUCAUUAGAGAUAUUUUCUCUGAUUUUCAAAUACUUCAAAUCAAAGUUUAUAAUGUUGUGAGUUACCUAGUUUCUGGUUGGUUUGGUUAAUGGCUUAUAACUCUUAGACGGGGAAAAUGAAUGGAAAGAAUACUUCCGGAUCCAAGUCUACUGAUAAUAGAGUGCAAUAGUGGCCGCCCACUUUACACGUUGGAAACAAGUUAGGAUACCUGUUACUAUUUCUGCAACUAUUUGUGAUUCUAGUGGAAUAUAAAUUUCGCUUUAAAAGGCAGUUUUGUAUGUAUACUGCUUAAUCUUUCUAUUUGAUGUCAUUUUAUUAUAGCCAGCAUAUCAUGGUGUGCUUUCUUCGCUCUUCCUGAUUUUGCAAAAAAGUGGCUAUUUAACAUGGCUGUUAAGUAUUUUGCAGUAAAGUCAUCAUUAUGCAUUUACAUGUUGCGUAAUUCUGACUGAACGCGAACGCAGCAUAACUUUCAGUAACUGUAAACAUCUUUUUCUGUAUGACUCAAAAGUGUCUGAAUUUAUAGCAUUGGUUUAAGGGCUAAGUUAAGAUUUUUACACAUCCUUAUUCAUGGGUGACUGCUCUUCUGUCCCCGAACAGCUCUGCUUAUUAUGUCCUGUCGGGUUUUUAAAGUGACUGAUGUCUUCUUUGCCCUUUAUGGUUUGUUAAUAUCACAGGAGGGAACCUUGUCUACAGACAAGAUUUAGGAGUGUGUGACAUUUUCCAAAGUGCCAUCGAAAAUCUUCAUGCAUUUCUUAUUAGUUUCAUCCUGAAUGUUUGUUUCGGUGUGGGGGGCGCUUUACCGUGAGGGGUUUGAGCUAAUGGGUUUAUUUUUCAGUCGGGUCAUGCAUGCACCAUUUUGUCUUCAUUUUCACACUUGAGAGGAGUUCGUAAUCUCACAACCGAGAUGAGCUGCAAAGCUUUUCACAAAACUGGGGCGACGUUAUGAUUUUGUAUGUCAUGAAAGCUGCUUUCUUUGAGAGUGAACCAUACUGCACAUUUCUGUUUAAUUCAGAGCAGUUUAUGCUGUAAGCAUGAGGUGUUUGAUAAGUAACAGUUGUUUAAAUGAAUGUUGAGCUCUUUUGAUAGUAUUUGUGGCGUAAUGUUGAUUACCACAGGAAAUCAUUUCAAUUUGUCUCUUAGUUUGUAAGAAAAAAAGCCAUCUGUAUAGAAAGGCAUAUAAAGACACUAUGGGUUUUCUUAAAGCACCUCUAUUAAUUUCUGUUAUUUGAGUUAGUUAACUGUCCUAGGCUUAUAAUUUGAUGUUAUCUACAUAUUUUGUCAUUGUAAACAGUACCUUUGUGCAUACUGUAUGAAAUUUGCCAGAUUUGUUUUAUUUUUGAAACUGAAUGUAACUUUUCAAACAAGGUCAGGAAGCAAUUUUUACAACUAGUCUCAUUCUUUGAAAACUGUGCAUGAAAAGCAUUUGAUGUAGUAACAAUUUUUACUUAGAAAUUGCUAGUAAAUUUCACAAAAAAAUUCUAAAGAAAUGGCAAGUAAAACAUUGCAUUUAAAUUUUAAAGUAGAAAGCCUGAAAUUAGUAUUUUAUCUUUUCUGUAAUACAUAUUCCAGUUAUCUUGAAAAAAAAAAAAAAAUACAAGUGCAGUGUUAACAUUUAUUUCAUUGCCAUUUCUUGGCCCUGUGGACUUUGAUUGUAAGUGCAUUACUAUAAAUGUCAUUUUGCUUGUUUUUAUAAACUAAGGACAACUAGAGAUGAUUUUCUGUGGUAACAGGGCUUAACAUUUUUGGCUUGAGUGUUCAUGUAGUCUGUGUUUGUAAGUGUCACUUUCUUCUGUGUGUAUUUAUGGUUGUAAAAUGCAGGAAAUUUGUCUGAUAUGCUGAUUUUGAUUUUUUUUAAACCCUCAUUAGGAUAUGCAGAAAAAGUAUAAACCAAAAUAUGGGGGUGUUUUGAACGAAGAUAAAUAAACCUAUAUACAGUUAACGGCACUGCAAGCCAAACAUAAUUGUAUUUUAAAUCUAUUAACUUACUAUAGUAAUGCAAUUCAGUAAAUACAUGCACAGAUGUGGCAUGGGUCACACACAAACACACCCUGAUCAGUCAGUGAGUGCAGUGAAGGUCACAGAGGUACACUUCGAUUACAGCAUCACUAUGGUCUGUCUGUGUCCAGAGCAAAUCACUCUGUGUGUCCAAAGGCUUUGUAAAUAGACUGUGAUUGUGUCGUGUCUGUCAUGUUGUCCCUGAGGAGAUGUCAGUGUGUCCGUUGCGUGUCUCAUCUCAUUCUCUUAACACUGCCUUUCUCUGCAGUUAUCAGCCACACUUGACUGUAAUUCACACAGAUGUAUAUUCACAAAUCUGUCUCUCGUUCAAUGUCGUACGUUUCGAGAAAACCACGUUUCUAUUGUACAAAUUUUCCACGUGCAACAUGAUGAAUAUUUAACGUCCUUCUCCGGACGAAUCGUUUCCUGAUGCUUUCUUUUCUUUUCUUUUUUUACCAACUCAGGCGUCACUUUUGCCUCUUAUGAUGAAAAAGCUGUGACUGACAAGUGUCUGUGCUACCCAGUGACUGUGCAGUUUUAAUCUUCUUUGCAAAUUAAAAGAAAGAGAAAAAACCUUGCAACUGCAUCGAAUGAUUUUAUAAAGAACUGCGAGCAUGUUAAAUGCGCUUUCCGAUUCAACCGAUUGUUUGCGUAUUUUCAGACGUCCUCACCGUGUAACUAUAUGUAUGAAGAAAUAUGUCUAUAUCUAUAUGAAUAUAUAUUUAAAAAAAUGCAACUCUGAUAAUGCAGGCCUUGUGAUCUCUGCAUCUCUGACACAACCUGUCUGAAAUAAAAGUUGCCCAGUGAAAUGUGAAUUAUAUACUCAUAUGCAUGUGACAAUGAUGAUCAUAUUUUGGGAGUGGCAUACGAAUACUAACUUUACUGUGACGUGAUCUUCUGUUGAUAUGGGGCUUGUAUAUCCAAUGCCUUUGACAAUCAUCUGCACAUAUCAGAGUUUUUAUUCUGUGCUGUAAAGCAAUGGGAAAUUAAUUACUGUUUUUUUCCUUUCUUUUUCUUUCCUUUUUCCUUAAAUAAAUCCUAAAUGAUCAUGA